CAGCACAACAGUAGUUCCCCAUCGUACGUUUACUCCACCAUGUCACUCUCGACUAAUCCUGACAUUCCACAUGAUGGACAAGCGUCCGUUAGCCGUCCUAUCAACUCAGCUGCGCCGCUUCCUCGCUUGCUACACUCUCUUGGAGAUGAAAGUAAAUCUGUCCUCAGUUUAAUGGCAAAUGCGGACCAUAUCUUUACUGGUGGUCAAGGUCAAGAUAUUGCGGUCUGGGACAGACACAAGUUUACGCUCAAGACUUCCCUUCGUGGUCAUACCGGAAGCAUACUGGCCCUUGAGCAUGCGGAGGAGAAAGGCUGGCUUUUUAGUGCUUCAGGUGACAGUACUGUCAGAGUAUGGUCCACAGUAACCUUUCUUCCGGUCUACAUCCUGAAUCCAUACCUUGAAACGGGAGCAGGCGAUUUAUUCUCUCUCGCUUGGAACCCCGCAAUGCAGAUCAUCUACAUUGGUUGUCAGAACACUUCACUUCAAUGGCAAGGGUUCUGUAAGCUUCAGCUUGACCGACACGUGGAAGAGCAAUGGGGCUCAGGCACAUCAACUCCAACUCGUAAAGUCCACAAAUUCUUCGAUAGUUAUCCACAAUACACCCAUCGCCCUGCGGAUCUUCAAGCCAACAACUUCAGCUUGUCUUCCUCAAUCAGUCAGGGCGCAUUCGUCGGGACCAACGCUUUGAUAAAUAUCUCAGCAGCAAAUGUCAUCGACUCUGCUCAUUUUGGCUACAUAUAUUGCAUGGCUCUUUUGCCUUCGACAAGGGAAGGCACAGGAUACCUUGCACAAAAGCCGGCGCAGAAUUAUUAUCUCGUCACUGGAAGUGGGGAUGAAACCGUCAAGAUUUGGCACUGCAACCCAUCCGGUCUCAACAUGAUGCACUCUUUCGACUGUCAGCAUGGUGCUGUGCUUUCGAUCGUCGCUUCCGGGGAGACAAUAUAUGCUGGAUGCCAAGAUGGGCACGUGAAGGUGCUUGACUUCGAAACACGGACUCUUGUUAGAUCGAUCAUUGUUCAAGAAAAUGUCGACGUCCUUUCGCUAUCGAUCAUGCAGUCUGAUCUUUACACAUGCUCUGCCAAUGGUCACAUUCAUAGAUGGUCUUCUUCGUUUGAUUGCACAGCGUCGUGGGAAGCUCACGACGGUAUUGUGCUCUCCUCUGUUGUCUCCUGUUCCUCUGAUCGCAAGUCGUUUUGUCUCAUUACUGGGGCGAACGAUGGUUUCGUUAAGGUUUGGGCAAUUACUCCAGAAGCCAAGGACAACCUUUCCCAGUUGCAUGAGACCAGCGCGUUGAUAUCCGAUUCGGAUGUUACCCAAGGAGAUACAAUGACUUACGCACUCUCCAAGUUCGUGUCAAUACCGAGUGUAAGCAGCGACCCGAAUCAUAGAGAAGACUGUCGUCAAGCCGCAAUUUGGCUGAAGAAGGGCUUGAAUCAGCUAGGUGCUCAGUCGACUCUGCUACCUACGCGUGAAGCCGGAAGUCCCCUUGUUCUAGGGACUUUUCAUGGAACUGAAGGGAAACAUCCAAAGCCAAGAAUCCUAUUUUACGGGCACUACGACGUCAUUUCUGCUCCUCCGGAUGGGUGGGAUACUGAUCCCUUCGCUGUGACAGGCCGUAACGGUUAUCUGUAUGGACGAGGGGUGACGGAUAAUAAGGGCCCUAUUAUGGCUGUGGCUUGCGCUGCUGCCGAACUUCUUCAAGACCGCGCUCUUGGCAUUGAUCUUGUUUUUCUUAUCGAGGGUGAGGAGGAGACUGGCAGUGUUGGAUUUGUUGAUGCAAUAAAAGAACACAAACACCUGAUCGGGAACAUAGAUGCCAUCUUACUCAGUAACUCAACCUGGAUUUCUGAACAUCAUCCUUGUAUUACAUAUGGUCUUCGCGGUGUCGUACACUCAACAGUGGAGAUAACAAGUGGUGUACCGGACUUGCACUCUGGUGUCGAAGGAGGUGCUGCCCCGGAGCCAAUGUUUGAUAUGAUUCGCCUUCUCGGAACUCUGAUGGAUGGUGAGGGAAAGGUGGCUAUACCAAACUUUUACAACCCUGUUCGCCAUCAGACCGAGGCCGAAAAGCAAUUGUACGAUGUUUUGUCCAAUGUGACCCAAACGCCUGGCUCUGUGCUAUCUUCGCGAUGGAGUGAGCCGUCCUUGACUGUACAUGAUAUAGACGUAUCUGGACCUAGGAACUCGACUGUAAUCCCGGGAAAGGUCACUGCGAAGGUGUCCCUCCGCAUUGUUCCAGAUCAGGAUUUGCAAACCAUUGCUCAGUCUUUGGUUAAUCACCUUAGAGGGACCUUCGACAAAUCCCAAUCACCUAACCAGCUUUCUGUGAGCAUUGACCGCACGGCCGAUUGGUGGCUGGGCAAUUUGGAUGGCCCCUGGUUCAAAGCACUCAAGGCUGCUGUGCACGAUGAAUGGAAUGUAGAACCAUUACUCAUCCGAGAGGGUGGCUCCAUCCCAUCGAUUCCUUAUCUAGAGAAAGAAUUUGGCUGCCCAGCACUUCACCUCCCACUAGGACAAAGCACCGACCAAGCUCAUCUGCCUAAUGAACGCAUUUCUCUGGAUAAUUUAUCUAGGGGAAAGUCGGUCAUAAAGCGUUUCUUAUCGAUAGCUACAAAUUUUCACGCCCCGACCGAGUGAAAUGCUUGGUCUUGAUUAUCAUGCACAGAUAGUUAAUUACCGUACUACGGCUCUAUUUACAACCACAUACCGAAAUAAGAGUUAUUGUGCAACUUGCUGAAACCUCGUCAGAACUUCUCAUACAUUCGUUCCAAACUUAUCGGUCAUUCGCUUGACCACCGGCUAUUCGACUGAGUUGUACGUGCAUGUAUGACGUUCAUCCUGAUAUUCGUAGGCUCCAGCUAGGUUCAAGAUCAGCCCGGCUUACUAUGGUCCAGUGGCGUAGCUAUAUUGUGACACAGGGCGAUGUGCACGGUUCAGUCGAAAAUUAAAUGAAAUUAAUUCGACGAAGAAAGAGAAGAGAAAUCACACAGACCAUAGCAAAAACAGUUGAUUGAU